AUGAGAAUCGCUCAAACUGCUCCGCUCAAAACGCUUAAGUAUUUUCGCGUGGCUGUGCCACAAGCUCUUACUGGCCAAACUCUUGUUGCAUUUUUACAGGAGUCGAUGGCUUUUGAUGAUCUCGCGGAUGCAUUGCACUUGGCAACUUUGCUUCUUCAGCACGGUUACAUAUUUCCUGUGAUCGAGCAUUCACUACUUGUCAAGGACGAUAAUACGUUAUACAGAUUGCAACUGCCAUAUUUCUGGCCUUCACAUGCUACUCACACUGAUAAUGUAGAAUAUGCAAUCUACCUUAAUAAACGACUUAUGCGAAAUGAGCAGAAGCAUGGCUUGGAAGAAGAUGAAGUUGAGGCAUAUAAUAAACUUCUCGAGCUUCUUGGCCACAUGUGGGACUUUAUUACUGUUCAAGCGGAAAUGCAGCUGAAAAUUCAGAAGGAAAAGAAAAAGAGCGAUAAAGUUGUGUAUGAUAGUGAAGAAAGGGCAUUCUGGAGAACCCGAAGACCUGGACAAGCAAAUUGUCUGGAGCAACACAUUCAGAAGAAGGAGAAGAAAUUACGAAAGCGUACUGCUGCUGUUUAUCGAACAGAAGUGGAACGGUUGAGAUUCACUCUGAAAACGAAACCAUGGCUGAAAGCUAUGAAAGCGAGUGAAACGAUGGUGUCUUGGUGCGAACAGUUCCAUGACUAUGAUCCUUUUAUAACAACUCCACAACCUAGUAAUCCGUGGAUAUCUGAUGACACUAAUUUAUGGGUGCUAAAUACUGACUCAGUGGAAGUACCGACUGAACGACGGGUUAAACGGUGGGGCCUUUCGGUACAAGAACUCGUUCGUGAUCCUAUUGGACGACAAGUUCUUGAAACAUUCCUAGAAAGCGAAUUUUCUUCUGAAAACAUACGGUUUUGGAUGGCUAUUCAAGAUUUGAAAUUUUCUGCUAAUGAGCAAGUAGAAAGGAAGGCACAGCAUAUUUAUGACGAAUUUUUAUCGUCCGGUGCUCCUUGUCAGGUAAAUGUUGAUUCACGUACUCUAGAAGCUACAAUGAAAUCACUGCAAGAUAAAUUAGCUAGACGGCAUGCGUUUUCUCCAGCUGAGGAACAUAUAUUCACCUUGAUGAGCAAAGACUCGUAUCCACGAUUUUUACGCUCCCAAAUUUACAGGGGAGUACUUUCGGCAGCUCAGCAACAAGGUUCAAGACGUCUUGGUUGGCGAAAUUUCGUAUUCAAUAUGGGUAACCAGAGAAAAAUGCCAGCUGCGGCCAAACAACAUAAAAUGAGCCGUGACGAUAAUUCACAUAUUUCACUUCCAAAACAGCUCAGUUCUGAUUCUCUCUCUGUAGUAAAAACACAAACACAAAGGUAG